AUGAAUGAAAUAGUAGAAGAAACUGUUUUCAUAUCCCAAGUUUCAAAUACGAAACAUAUUCAUCGUCAAUCCCAUAAUAAUCAACAUCUCAAAGAAUUUAUUCUAUGGUUUGUUUUAUUAAUUUGUCUUUUACUUCUUGCUGGUCCAUUUGCACAUCAUCUGUCCUAUUCUGUACCAACAGUAAAAACACGAACAAUUGCACGUCAUGUAUUUAGUGAAGAACGUGCUCUUGAUUAUUUAAUUAAUUUAACUCAAUAUGGAUCAAGAGUAAGUAAUACACGUGGAAAUAUUGAUGCACGUGAUUAUCUUAUUUCACAAAUAAAACAUAUUUGUUCACUAAGUAAAAGCCAUAUUCAAUGUGAACUUGAUCUUCAAAAUUUUACUGAUUCUCAACACAAUCAAUUACAAAAUAUUCUUGUUCGUGUAUCAAAUUCAAUUCAAAAAUCUCAAAAUAUACCGAGCCUAAUGUUAGCUGCUCAUUACGAUUCAGUGGAAUUUAGUCCUGGAGCUGCUGAUGAUGGUUCGGGUGUUGUUAUUAUACUUGAACUUUUAUCAAAUUUAAUUAAUGAUUUAACAAUAGAUUUUUCUAAUGUUCACUUAAUUAUACUAUUUACAAAUGCCGAAGAAUCAGGAUUACAAGGUGCACUGGCAUUUAUUACUAAUCUUCGUUGGCGCUCUAAUGUUCGCCAUUUUCUUAAUAUUGAUUCAGUCCGUUGCACUGAACCAGCUAAUCUAAUGCGAACAACAUCAUCACAGCUUGUCAUGGAUUAUAGUCGAGUGACAAGACCACGUACGAAUGUAAUUCUACAGAAAACUUCAACGUGGUUUGGAUUUAAUACUGAUUAUGAUGCUUUCAAAUACAAUGGUUUUCGAUUAGGAUACGAAUUCGGUUUCUAUCUUGAUGGUUACACAUAUCAUACACCACUAGAUCAUCCAUCAACAUUUAAACAAGGUGUUAUUCAAGAUCUUGGUGAAAAUCUUAUUAUUUUGAUUCGUAACAUACUUCUUGAAAAUAAUCAGCAGAUAGCCGAUAAAUACGAUCCUGAUCCUUUAAUUUAUUUUGAUAUUCUUAGUCGACAUUUGAUAAUAUAUAAACUAUCGACAUCAAUAUUAAUUCAAAAAAUUUUAAUUGUAUUAAUUAUUAUUAUUGGUAUAAUUCGAAUUAUAUUCGAUCAUAUAUAUCAUCGAAAACAAAAUUUCUCAUGUAAUGGUUUUCAUUGUAUUUAUUUUCAAUUUAAAAAUCCAUUGACUAUUCGUAUUCUUUCUAUUAUUAUAUAUUCGAUUUCUAAUAUUCUAUCUAUGAUUAUUGGUCUUCUAUUUUCAUUGCUUUUAGCAUGUAUGAUAUCAAUAAUUCAACCUGCUUCAUGGUAUGGUAAUUCAACAUUAGCCAUAUUUCUUUUUAGUUUACCAUGUUUAAUUGGUUUUAUUAUUUUUCGAUACUUAUUCGAUCUAUUACAUGGUCGUAUUCUUCGAAAAUCUUCUCAAAACUCAAAUGAAAUUCAUUUCGAUUUUGAACAAAAUUUUUCUGUUCUUAUCGUUUAUAGUUUAUCAAUGAUUAUUUCAAUUUAUUCUAAUUCUCAAUACUUUUAUAUAACUCUUAUUUGGUCAAUAUUUAUUUGUCCAUUAUAUCUUGUUCUUAUUAUUAUUGAAUUUAUUCUUCAUUGGAAACAAAUCUUUGAAAAAAACGCUCAUCAAUUAUAUUUACCAUUGUUAAUAUCUUUGUUUCCAUUGAUACAUACAAUUGAAAUAGUCAAUCGAAUACUUCGUAUUUUUAUUCCAUUUGUAUCACUACGAUUUUCAUUUGGAUGGAUACAUCGUGGGAAUAUAAUUAUUUGUAGUAUUGUUGUUAUUCCUACACUAUUUUUUCUUCCAAUAUUACAACGAACAAAACAAUUUCUUCAUUUAAUAAGUAUUCUUUUAAUUAGUUUUUUUAUUGUUCUUAUUGUUGCUUGUAUCCGUCAACCAUUUACGAAAAAUCAUCCAAAUACGUUUUAUGCUAAACAUACAUCAGAAUCAAUUUAUAAUGCAGAAACUUCAAUGAAUAAUUCAUUUGAUGUUUCACUUAUAUCACAACAAUCAUCUAUUACAGUUAAUACAUAUCAUGGUCUUGUUCUAUCACCUAUACUUGAUCAAUUUUCAAUUAAAAAUGGUCAUAAAUUAUAUAAUAAAACAUGUUUUAGUUCAACAAAUUGUACAUUUGAUGAUAGUUUUAAUCGUCAAUUAGCUGUUGAACAUAUUCAGAUUGAAUCAAUAGACGAGAAUUAUUCAAAUUAUAGAAUUCGAAUUCAACAUGUAUUAUCUUAUAAUAUUCAAAUUGCAUCAUUAUGGAAUAUUGAAUUAACUGUUCAAAAUGAAUUGGAUAUUCCAAGAAAAGAAACAAUUAUUGAUAUUAAUCUACACUCAACAAUAUCUAUAUUCGAAAUCGAUAUCAAAAUUCAACGAUGUGAAAUACAUGAUUCACCAUUUUUAUUAUUAUUUACUCGUUUAAUGUCAAAUAUUGUACUUAUGGGUGAAGGAUUCUGUCAUGCAAUUGAUGAUGAUACUACACUUAUUAUUAAUCGAUAG